AUGCGCACGAUUGCCAAGAGCACGCUGGGCUCCAGAUGUGAGCCAGGGUCAGGCAGGGUGGAAGGCGUGCCAAAAAUCUUGAACACCCUUUACACCUACAUGCAGCAGAGCACCCACAGGCCCUUCCUGCUCCGUGCAGUGUUUCUCCUCACCCACUUUCACCAGGAGCCCGUAACCAGCAGUCUCCUCCAGAAGAGUCUGCUGAUGGACAGUGACACGGUGGAGCUGUGGAGGAGCCUGGGGAGAAGCAUCCUUGGGAUUCGGAUCCUGAGGUGCUUAGUGCAGAAACUAAACAGAGCAGGAAACCACCGCCUGGGGACGGACUCCUCCACUUGUAAGCGGCACAACCGUCAGACGGCUGUGGAGACUCUGACGAUCACCCGUGCCAUCUCCGAGGUGGUGCUUGCCCUGAGGAGCACGGAGGAGCUCAGGCGACUGCUUCCCCACCUCCUUCCCAGCCUCCUCAGGUGGGCCAGAGAAAUGCUGGGUGGGGAGAGGCUGCUUUUGCUCAUGAGCACCUGGAGAGAACUGUUCCUCGAGUGCCAAAUGCACGUGGAGAAGCCGUGCGGGUAA